UCUCUCUUCGCAAUAUACCUUUACUUCUUCUUCUCCUCCUCCUCCUCCCUGUUUUCUCUCUGACAUAUGUACACGCACAAAAAUAUUGAGAUUCGAGAUUUCAUAAUUAUAUAUCUUUGUGUGUGUGUUCUGCAAUUCUAUCUCUCCAAAUCAGCGUUUCUAUUGUGAUUGAUGUUCAAAAACGCUGUAAUCCAAUUUUCCUGCGUAUUUUUAUUUGGAGUAUCGGAAUACUGUUGCCAUUGUUGUGGGAGAUCAGAAGUUAGUUAAUUCAAUCUUCUAUGUAUUUGACGAAUGGCCUGUUCAAAAUUUCUGCACUAUUUUUUUACUUUCAAUCAAUGAUCAAUGUGAUUCUACUAACAUCAACUGCAGCUUCUAUAAGUUUAUCAGUGAAUUCUGAUGGAGCAAGGACAAAAUACCAACAACACCGGUCCUGCCAGGAAGCAUAGAUUUGCGCCAAAAGCUCCCCCUCGCAGAGCACCCAAGCCCGAAGUCAAAGCUGAAAAGAAGGAGGAUGCUGAAGUUGCUAUGGCCAGUGACUUGCUUCGACGUUUUAAUGAAAGAUCCACGAGUUGCAGCUAAUCAAAUUGCAUUUGGUUAUGGAGGUGCAUCUGCUUCCAUUAAAUCAUACGGUGGUCCAAAAUGUUGGAGUGGCGGAAAAGAUCAAGGUGGUGCCAAUGCUCCUGGCCUGAUGGAGAAAGAAUACAAAGAACCAUGGGAUUAUUACAAUUAUUAUCCUGUCACUCUUCCUCUGAGGAGACCAUAUUCAGGAAAUCCAGAACAUCUUGAUGAGCAGGAAUUUGGGGAGACCGCAAAAAUUGCGACUUAUGAUGAAAAUGCAACAAAUUCAGCUGUAGAUCUUGGUCUAUUGGAGGAAAAUCUUGAGGCCAGUAUGUUCUUUCUUCAGCUGCCACCAACCUUUCCUAUGCUAAGGCGAUCAGCCACUACGGAUGGCCAUGGUGCGAAGGAUAGUUCAGGCCCACCAGGACGUGCACAUGCGAAGGUUAAGCCCUGUGGUUUAGAUGAUUUAACAGCUGGCAUCAUGGGUAAAAUGAUAGUGUACAGGAGUGGUGCUGUCAAGCUAAAGCUCGGUGAUACUCUUUAUGAUGUCUCCCCUGGUAUGGAUUGCAUGUUUGCGCAAGAUGUUGUAGCUGUGAAUACUGUAGAGAAGCAAUGCUGUGUCGUCGCAGAGCUCAAUAAUCGUGCAACUAUAACCCCAGAUGUGGAUACCAUAUUGAGCAGUAUGGCUGAUCUAUGAAAUUUUUUUUUUUUUUUCUCAGUAAGUCAUGUUAUCAAUUUUUUUGAGGGAGUGGGGAGUUGUACCUUGCAUCUCAUGCAAGCGAUGAGGAGCAAGCCACCACCACAGGACCACAAGAGGUCCCUGCUGAUAUGUGAAAGUUUUGGAGCAGUAAUGGAGGAUAUUGAUUUUACGUAUAGAAGAAACUCAUAAGUCUUCCCAAAGGAAAAUGAUAAAUUUAAUAAUUUUUCAGAAACAAAGGGAAAGAUGAGAGGUUCAUCCAUUCUCUUGAAACGGGAAAAGAAAUUAAGGAAAAAAAACUCGUUUAUGUCUAUAUUUAUUUUCCUUGCUAAGUUUAAUAAUCUAAGAAUGAUAUGUCUGCAAAGUA